AUGAAGAUCGCCGCCUACCUCACCAUUGUCGCCACUGCCAUCCCAACUGUAUGGGCUCUCCCUGCAGGCCUCAUGGCGAGGCAGUUCACCGUCCCAACUUGUGGUGCGGAGGCAUGUCUGGCUUCAACGAACGGCACCUUCGUGUCCCCUGCUGCGUCUAAUGGCACUGCUCCCGGCGACUUUGCACGAAUCUGUUCUCUUCCCCAGGACGAAGUAAGCCGAUAUGUACAGACUGUGCAGCCCUGUCUGAACGGAAAAGAGGGCAAGAAGGCCUGCACACCUGGAGCCAUAUCUCAGUAUAAAUCCAUCCUGGAAACCGAGUGUGCAAAGCCUGCAUACGGCAAUAAGCAAGUUCAAUGGGCCUAAGAGCGUGUCCCUUCCUGUCCAGCGUUUUGCGUCUACGAUCACAUUUACGAUACCACGUUCCUUCAGCAUCACAACGGCGUUUGGGCAUAGCAUUUGCGCAUUUACGCACCAGAUCAUCACGCAUGACGUGAUCACGCACAACGCAUCUACAUAAUCAAUAAUGAAUACACUCCUUUAUGCUCUCAUCAAUCACACACUGAGAAGAUGUGUUGCACGACUUUUUAGCAACGGUAGCGGUGGCUUGUUUGUACAGCACAUGCUGGCCGUUUGCUGAUUACGGCUCGUUUGUU